GGAAUCAAAGAAAAUGGCCCGUUGCCUGAGCCUGACCGGGUCGGCGGACUUCCUCUACAAGAGCUUCUUCUCGUACUCGGGGCUCCGGUCGACGAAAACCGACCUCCAAGACGGCACGGUGAUGCACUGCUGGGUGCCGAAGAGCCACAAGGCGUCGAAGCCGAGCCUCCUCCUCGUGCACGGGUUCGGCGCCAACGCGAUGUGGCAGUACGGCGACCUCCUCCACCACCUGAUGCCGCGCUACAACAUCUACGUCCCCGACCUCCUCUUCUUUGGGGAGUCGUGGACGCAGCGCCCCGACCGCUCCGAGGCCUUCCAGGCGCGCUGCCUCAUGCGCCUCAUGGAGGCGCACGGGGUGCGGCGCCUGAGCCUCGUCGGGAUCAGCUACGGCGGCUUCGUCAGCUACAGCAUGGCCGCCCAGUUCCCGGAGGCGGUGGAGAAGGUGGUGCUGUGCUGCUCCGGGGUGUGUCUGGAGGAGAAGGAUCUCAGGGAGGGGUUUUUCGAGGUCGCCGAUUUGGAUGAGGUGGCCGGCAUUCUCAUGCCGCAGACGCCGGAGAAGCUCAGGGAGUUGAUCAAGUUCGCCUUUGCCAACCCGGUCAACGGCGUCCCUUCGUGCUUCCUCUCUGAUUAUAUCGACGUUUUCUGUACAGAAUUUAUUACUCAAAAAAAGGAACUAAUUCGUGCAUUAACUGCCGACAGAAAGCUCGAUAAAAUUCCCAAGAUAGAACAGCCAACGUUGAUUUUAUGGGGAGAGCAAGACAAAAUCUUCCCUCUGGAAUUGGGAUACAGGCUCCAAAGGCACAUAGGUGACAAUGCAAAAAUAGAAGUGAUAAAGAAUGCUGGACAUGCUUUGAACAUUGAGAAACCAAGGGAGUUUGCUAAGCAUUUGAAAGAAUUUCUAAUCGAAACUAGUUCGACCCCUAGAUCAAUUUCGAGUUCAGCACUGAGCCUGGGUUGGAGUUGGAGUUGGAACUCGAGCUCGAAUUCUGAUUCAAAUUCGAGUACAACCACUUACCCUUACUCUCUAUCAUAUCUGCGACAGAAGAGUUUCUUCUGGGCCGGCACAAGCCCAAGUCCAAGUCCAAGCACAAGCCAAAUUCCAGGCUCAGAUCCAAGCCCAGCCCAAAUCCAAGGCCCAAGUCGAAGUCUAAGCACAAGCCAAAUUCCAGGCCCAGACCCAAGCCCAUGCCAAAUCCAAGGCCCAAGCCCAAGCCCAGGCCAAACCUCAGGCCCAAGUCAAAGCCCAAGUAAAAUCUCAAGCCCAAGUCAAAGCCCAACAUUCUUGAUCAGACAAGCAAAAGAAUUGGGCAAGGGAGAAGAUGAACAAAAAAUUAGAGCGACGAAGAUGAAGAUGCUGAUGUCGUGGCUUCCCUUGUUGUGCAGCGCCAACAAUGGCACGGAUGCACCCGUGUUGAGCAUGGUGGAGCGGGCGGAGGUCGAGAGAAUAUUGGAAGAGGUAAUUUGGACGUUGGCGGAGGAGGAGCAGGAGAUGGUGUUGUCCCUUUGGUUGCACCACUUCACCUACUGCUCCUCCUCCGACUGGCCCAAUCUCCGCUCUUGCUACACCCGAUGGUGUAACGCCUCCCGCGCUACCCUCCUUAAGCAUCAUACAUUACAUACAUCAUAUUAA